AUGCCAACUCUAGAAGGGCAUGAAAAGCUUUAAAGAUCAAUCCAAAAGAACAAAUACAAUAAUAAAAGUGAUUCUAAAAAGAAAUUUUUUUAGAGCUCUUUCAUAAUCACAAAAUGCUUCUUAGGAGAUUGUAUAAAAUCUUCUAAGCAGAUUGUUUAAAAGCCCUAAGAGUAAAAUUUGAUAAACUUUUCAACUCAUAAUACAAGUAUUGUAUAUUAAUAAUAUAGCUCCAUCUUUAAUUCACAUUGAUCAUCCUACUUCUUCUGAAUUAUAUUAAAACACUAUAGAUUUAGACCUUUAUCUGUUUAAUUCGUUUUCAAAAAGACCAAUUUUACGUUAGAAAUGUUGA